ACUGUUGUUACACAACAAACAUCAUAGUGCUGAAAUGACAACAAUCCAGGAUAGCGAUCACAAUCAGAAGGCAGGAGCUGCAGAACAGAACACUUUCUCAUGUCCAGGGUCAGAUUACAAGAACACUCAAGACUUUACUGAUGAAAACUCAGGAAAUUCUCUGUCACAAAAAGGUCUGGCAACUAAACUAAGACAUUAAAAGGAAAAUACCAGAUGCCACUCUGCAGGCUGCAAUAACUACUAUUUUACUGGAUACAUUCAAAUCCUCCAGAAUAACACAGUAAUCAGGUAACAAAGAAGAAAUGCAAGCCAUCGACAACCUCACCUCUGUGCCUGGGAACACCAGUCUGUGCACCAGAGAUUACAAAAUCACCCAGGUCCUCUUCCCACUGCUCUACACCGUCCUGUUUUUUGUCGGACUCAUCACAAAUAGCCUAGCGAUGAGGAUUUUCUUUCAAAUCCGGAGUAAAUCAAACUUUAUUAUUUUUCUCAAGAACACAGUUAUUUCUGAUCUUCUUAUGAUUCUGACUUUUCCCUUCAAAAUUCUUAGUGAUGCCAAACUGGGAACAGGACCACUGAGAACCUUUGUGUGUCAAGUUACCUCCGUCAUAUUUUAUUUUACAAUGUAUAUCAGCAUUUCAUUCCUAGGACUGAUAACCAUCGAUCGCUACCAGAAGACCACCAGGCCAUUUAAAACAUCCAACCCCAAAAAUCUCUUGGGGGCUAAGAUUCUCUCUGUUGUCAUCUGGGCAUUCAUGUUCUUACUCUCUUUGCCUAACAUGAUUCUGACCAACAGGCGGCCAAGAGACAAGAAUGUGCAGAAAUGCUCUUUCCUUAAAUCAGAGUUUGGUCUAGUCUGGCAUGAAAUAGUCAAUUACAUCUGUCAAGUCAUUUUCUGGAUUAAUUUCUUAAUUGUCAUUGUAUGUUAUACACUCAUUACAAACGAACUAUACCGGUCAUAUGUAAGAACAAGGGGUGUAGGUAAAGUCCCCAGGAAAAAGGUGAACGUUAAAGUUUUCAUUAUCAUUGCUGUAUUCUUUAUUUGUUUCGUUCCUUUCCAUUUUGCCCGAAUUCCUUACACCCUGAGCCAAACCCGGGAUGUCUUUGACUGCGCCGCUGAAAAUACUCUGUUCUAUGUGAAAGAGAGCACUCUGUGGUUAACUUCCUUAAAUGCAUGCCUGGAUCCAUUCAUCUAUUUUUUCCUUUGCAAGUCCUUCAGAAAUUCCUUGACAAGUAUGCUGAAGUGCCCCAAUUCACCAGCAUCUUUAUCCCAGAACAACAGGGAAAAAAACCAGCAUGGUGGUGACCUAAAUGAAGAGACUCCAAUGUAAACAAAUUAACUGAGAAAAUAUUUCAAUCUCUCGGUGUUCAGAACUCAUUAAAGCAAAGCGCUAUGUAAAAAUAUUAACUGACGAAGAAGCAACUGAGUUAAUAACAAUGACUCUUAA